CCUAGCAGCCCGGCCGCCGGACAUCCUCGCCCAGCCGCGCAGCGGUCCUCCCCGGCCAUGCAAGGCGCAGCCCCGGCGGGGACAGACCAGCUCCGGGCAGGCGAAGCGGCUCGGCCGGGGCUGCCUUCGGGCCGAGCGUGACGGCCGGGGCAAGAGGCGGCGGGGCCGGAGCUGCCGAGGUCCCCGGGGCGAGGAUGGGCUGAGGAUGGGCCGGCAGCCUCCGCCGUCGAGGAUGCUCUGGGCGGGCGCCCUGCUCCUGCUGGCGGCGCUGGGGGGCGCGGGCGGGGCGCGCAGUUGCCCCCUCCAGCUGCGCGGCUGCAAGUGCGUGGGCGAGAGGCCGAAGGGGCUGGCCCCGGCCAGGAAGCGGGUCAGCUGCAGCGGCGAGGAGCUGCGGGAGCCGCCGGCGUCGCGCUUCCUGCCCAACGGCACCGUCACCCUGAUUUUGAGCAAUAACAAAAUAACAACCCUGAAGAACGGCACUUUUUUUGAACUCCAUGCUCUUGAAAAGUUAGACCUAAAGAACAAUUUGAUUAGCAUCAUUCAGCCUGGAGCUUUUCUGGGUCUUCAGGACCUGAAACGCUUGGAUCUCUCCAACAACCGCAUUGGCUGCUUCAACAUCGGCCUCUUGCAGGGACUGUCCAGCCUUAUCCGUCUGAACAUAUCAGGAAAUAUCUUCGCCACCCUCCAGAGUGGAGUCUUUGAUGAGUUGCUGUCUCUGAAAGUACUUGACUUUGCCACUGAAUACCUGACCUGUGACUGCCAUUUGCGCUGGGUCCUAGCCUGGUCCAAAAGCCAUUCUGUCCAGGUAUCUGAUAAGACGGUGUGUGUCUACCCCAGCAACUUGCAUGGGAAGCUACUACGAAACAUCAGAGAGAGCCAACUGCGCUGUGAAGGGUCCCCAGAGCUGCACACCCAUCAGCUAAUCCCCUCCCUGAGGCAAGUUGUCUUCCAAGGAGACCGACUCCCUUUCCAAUGUACAGCCACCUAUCUGGACAACAGCACACACAUCCUCUGGUACCACAACCGUGCACUGGUGCAAGAAGAUGAACCUAGCGGCAUCAUCUUAGAGGACAGCCUCGUUCAUGAUUGCACUUUAAUCACAAGUGAGCUCAUCCUGUCGAACAUCCAUGUCUCAGCUAAUGGUGAAUGGGAAUGUACCAUCUCCACUGCCCAGGGCAAUGUUAGCAAAAAGGUGGAAAUUGUUGUGCUGGAGACCUCAGCCUCAUACUGCCCACCUGAGCGGGUUACAAACAACCGUGGAGACUUCAGGUGGCCACGGACUUUGGCUGGCAUCACUGCUUAUCAAUCCUGCCUCCAGUAUCCCUUCACUUCUGGGAAUGCAGGCUCUGGCCAUGAAAAGCAGGCAUGGAGACACUGUGACCGCACAGGCCACUGGGAAGAAGAGGACUAUUCACACUGCUUGUACACCAAUGAUAUCACCCGUGUACUCUACACCUUUGUGCUGAUGCCUAUCAAUGCCUCAAAUGCACUAACCUUAGCUCACCAGUUGCGGGUCUACACAGCUGAAGCUGCCAAUUUCUCAGAUAUGAUGGAUGUCAUCUAUGUGUCUCAGAUGAUUGAAAAGUUCACUGGUUAUGUAGACCAGAUCAAACAGCUGACCGACGUCAUUGUGGAGAUGGCAAGUAACAUGAUGCUGGUAGAUGACCAUGUUCUGUGGAUGGCCCAGAUUGAAGACAAAGCUUGUACCAGCAUAGUGCACUCCUUGGAGAAGAUUGCGACUUAUGCUGUCAGCAACAACUCUCAGCAUAUGGCUGUGAACUCCAGGAACAUCGCCUUUGAAGCCUACCUUAUCAUGCCAGAAAGUUAUCUGGGCAUGAGCUGCAUGGCUUUUCAGAAGCGUGAGAACCUUGGUAACCGUUCUCCACGACAGGAACGGUAUUCUGAAUCCUUGGCAGACCAGCAGUUGAAGUUCCGUUGUGCUACAGGCCGGCCAAACAUCUCCUUGGCCAGUUUCCACAUCAAGAACAGCAUUGCUCUGGCCUCCAUUCAGUUGCCUCUGGGCCUCUUCUCCCCAUCAGUUCCCCACCAGCCCGUGCCCAUCAGGUGUAAGCUUCAGUUCCUGGUGUUCCGCAAUGGAAAACUCUUCUGCAGCACUGGAAAUUCUUCACACCUCGCUGAUGAUGGCAAGCGACGCAGCGUAGCCACUCCGGUGAUCUAUGCAGGCACACAUGGCUGUGGCGUAAGCAAUCUCACUGAGCCAGUCAUCAUAUCGUUGCGGCAUUUGGACCAAGGCACAGAUCGCACAGCCGCUUUCUGGGACUUUGACAUUCUGGGUGGUUAUGGCGGCUGGAGAGCAGAAGGUUGCCAGCUGAUCCUUCAGGAACCCAACUUCACCACUGUGAGCUGCCGACAUCUCAGCAACACUGCUGUGCUGAUGGAACUGAGCAACUUCCUGCAUGACUCACCAAGUCCCGCUGAGGUGCUUCAUCCUGUAAUUUACAGUUGCACGGCUCUCCUCCUCUUGUGCCUGUUUACCACCAUCAUUAUCUACAUCAUCAAUCACAGCACCAUUCAUAUUGCACAGAAGUGCUGGCAUAUGCUGCUAAACCUUUGUUUUCACAUCGCCAUGACAUCUGCUGUGUUUGCAGGUGGCAUCACUCUCACCAACUACAUAGCCAUCUGCCAAGCUGUUGGCAUCAUUCUCCAUUAUUCUUCCUUGUCUACUCUUCUGUGGAUGGCAAUGAUGGCACGAGUGAUCUACAAGGCAUCCGCCUGGAAGGCACCCCAACAGCAGGAAGGGGAACCAACUCAGCCUGCUCCUCGUCCAAUGCUACGGUUCUACCUGAUUGCUGGAGGGAUCCCCUUGAUCAUCUGCGGGAUUACAGCAGCAGUUCGUAUUGACAAUUAUGGAGAUCAGGACUCGUACUGCUGGCUGGCUUGCCGACCAAGCAUUGGAGCAUUCUAUGUGCCUGCAGCUUUCAUUUUGCUCAUCACCUGGAUUUAUUUCCUGUGUGCCGGAAUCAGUCUGCAGUGCCGAGCUAAGGAUCCCAAAGAAAUACCAAAACCCUUGGAAACAAGGCAGCGCUUCGGAGGCAGUAGCAACUUGUUAACCGAUUCAGGGUCGCUUUCAGUCACCCUGAAUUCCAGCCCCCACGCUGGUGAUGUUGAUGGUGUGUAUUCUCUAGGGGUGCAACUCUGGGCCCUUGUCAUCACCCAUUUCCUAUACCUCACUUUAUGGACAUUUGGAGCAAUGGCAGUAUCUCAGCGUUGGUUCCUCCUGAAGGUUGUCUUCAGUUGCCUCUAUGGAGUCACCGCUGGAGCCUUAGGAUUUUUCAUCUUUAUCUACCACUGUGCCCGACGGAGAGAUGUACAGAGUUUAUGGUUUACCUGUUGCCCAUCUUACAGGAAUGCUUUACCUAUGCAAGCUUAUGGGCACACUGCAGCGGGUGUUGAAGAUGGCUCACAGGUCUUCAUUGGCUGCAACCCAGAAGUAGCUCAGUCCAUUAAGUCUUCAUCUUCCCCUACCAGCACAAUUUCAACCCCAGGGCCCUGCAAACUCAACAAUUUGCAAGUGGCUCUUGCCCAGCCAGACAGUAACCCUGUAACAACUGCCUGCUAUGAGGAAGCAGAGCCUUCCAACAGUAAGAGUAUCCCCUCAACCAGGUAUACGAACAAUCUCCAUGGGCGCACCAGGCACCAUAAAAGCAGAACUAAACUCUAUAGAGAAGGGAAGCAUCAACGCCUGAAGGCAAUGCGGGGACCAUCCUCAGAGCAUCCUACUAGUGAGAGUGGGAGCCUUCAGAACAGUCAUUCAGAAAGUUACCAAAGCAGCCGGAAUAGCCCUUUGAACAAUCAGAACCAAGGGAAAGUUGUGACUCUGGAAUCCACCCUGACGCAGUCGGACUUGAGUGAUGGCAGUGGUGGCCCCCAGUCUGCAGAUUUUGGGCGAGGCCAGAGGAGAAGCGCCAGCAGAGACAACCUUAAGCAUCAGGCCAACCCCUCUGUUGAAAGAGAGACUAAGAGGCGCUCCUUCCCACUCAAUGCAGCAAACCAGAAUGGGGUCCUGAAGGGCAGCAAGUAUGACAUUAAUCUCAGUGGUGCUGACAAUGCAAGCAGCAUGAAAACAGGUCUCUGGAAGAGUGAGACAACAGUGUAGGAAAGGGUCAAAGACCUCUGCAGCUGGGAUCCUAGAGCAACACCAACUCAGGUAGGAAGCUGCAGGUUAUCCUUGUAGCCACAGCCUACCAGACUCAGUGAAGAGAACACGCUUAUGCACUACAUAGGUUUAGAUAAUAUGAGAUGGGUAGGCAAGAACCAUGCUCCCCACCGAUCCUCCUGAGCAGAUGGAGUAGGGAGACUGUUCUGUCCUGUCAUGGGAAUCACAGCACAUUUCACUUAUGUAUCAGGUGAAGUUGCUGUUCUUCGUGGCAGGGAACAUUUUCCUCCAGAGAAUGGGCAGAAAGUCACAAUCAGCCAAGGUGCCAAAGUUGCAAAGCAAGAGACAAUCAUCUGUUCUUGUGAUUGUAUGGUCUCCCUCCUUCAUGCCUCUUUAUAUCCUUGAUAUUUCUGUACCCCAUCCUGAGGAAGACAGUGAUCUAUAAGCUAAAACUUCUAAUACGCUGUGUACAUAUGUAUAGGCAAAUUUGCUAUCCAUUGGAAAGUCUCUACAUGCUUUAUGCAAAAUAACUCAUGUUGUGUGACACAAGAGAAGCUCUUCCCAGUCAUUCAAAGUUAUGCACAUAUCUAGUUUUGAUUUUGAUAAAUCUAAUGAAUGAUUGUAGAGUUGUCAAGGAAAAAGCCACAAGACAGAAAAAGGUGCACUAUUAAUUGUCCAAAGGUGCAUGCUUAGGUGACAAUCCUUAGUCUUCUUUAGGAAGGGACUCGGGGAGAAUAUGAUUUGUUGGGCAUCAUUGCCCAAAGAUGCUUAACAGUAGAGGUAUGCGAAACAUCAAGAGCUCAGAACAAUUGUCAACUUUAGAGUGGCUUGUUCAGAUUUUACCAGAAUACUGCUCUAGAAGAGUUUUCAAUUCAAAAGAGAAGUUUCAAGGUUGAAAUACUUCUAGAGCAAAUUAUUUCAGGUAAGGUUCAGAACAGCUAUUCUGAGCUUGACAUGUUUUGUAUAAAAUCUUUUUAGUAGCACUUUCAAGCAAAAGCUAUCAACAAGUCCACCUUCCAAGUUACCUGCUAUGGAACUGAAUUGGAAUUCAGUUUGGGUUCUCAUUGCUAAGGCUCUUGGUGCACAUUUGCCACACAGCUGCUAAACAGGCCUGAAGGCUUACUUCCAACUUUGAAUGUUAGGCGGGGAACAGACUGAACAAAAACUAGGACAGUUCUAUCCUUUUCUGUGAUUCCAAGUCGAGUCACUCCUCACAUUCAAAGUUGGAAGUAAGCCUUGAGGCCUGUUUAACAGCUGUGUGGAAAAUAUGCCCCAUGAAGCCUCAUUAAAGGCAGGACGCAGCUAACAUGCCACAUAGAAGCCUCUGAAAUAAAUGAAGCUGCUGCACUGUUUAACUAGUAAGUUUGAUCCACUGAAAAAAGUGAAACACAAUUUUAUUGUUCUUAUCUAGGGAUAAGCAAAGCCCAGCGCUUACAAGAGUGGGAUGUUUUAAUUACCUAAUAAAUUAAAAAUGGCAACAAAUUUAUAAUGGGCAGUUAUAAAAACGGCAGAGGACAGCCCUGCAUCUUAGCACAUGGAUUUCCUCUCCUAUAAAAGAGAUUUUCCUCUGUCUAAAAGCAAAGCAGUGUGCUUCUUGCUUCAGAAAUAGUUUUUUCCCCAUGUGCAUAUCAAUCAUUUAUUAAAGCUGAUUAUGUUUAGUUAACCAUAUUUUUUAAAGAAAGCCCAUAACCCCUCACUAUAUGAAGGAAAGCAUGUGCAUCAGCAAACAGGAAAAAAAGAAUGAGAAAAAGAAGUUUAGAAUAGAAUUAAAAUUGCCAAGAAAAAAGCCUUAAUCCUUUAAGGAUUUGGGAAGCUACGAAAUAUUGUUUUUAAGCACCUUGGGGACAUUCCCUUUAUCUUUAUGUAUAUGUGACAUAACUUUAAAAAAACCAAGGCCUCUUUGCAAUACAGUAACCGUUUCACAGAAUUGUGUAGCAAUCCCCAGAUUGAAUCUGUUGUGUCAAAAAUCAGCUGAAUGAAGGUAUUGUGAUUCUUUCUUGAAGGCAGUUUCCAGAAAUAUUGGAAAGGAUCAAGCUUAUUAUUCUGUUUGCUGGCAUUUUAAUUACUCUGCACCCAAUAGUAUAGGGACACUGCUUACAUACCAUAUGCCACAGUCAAGAAUAAAUCCCUCCUGUAGAUAUGAAAAAUUCAAUUGAAGAGAACUCCCCCCCUCCCCCCCCGAAUAUCCUUGUUGGAUUGAUGACAGUUCCAAGUAUGUAGCUCUGCAUCUCUAAUGUUACCAGUUGAGGAAAGAUCAGAAGAUGCCACAAAUGAUUCUUCUAGGAAUCUCCUAUUUCCUUCAGGAACCUCAACAUGGGAUUCAUUGCACUGAUGUGCCUAUAGACAUGUUCCACAAUAAUUUCAAGAUUUCCUAUUCUGUUUUUUAAAAUCAAAGCAAUACUUUAAAUAGAAAGUUGGUAAGCUGUGGGAAAAGCUGCCAGCUUCUGUCAUGUUCUUUAUGUCCAGAAGUGCCUCUGUUGGCCAGGCAGGGUCCUCAUAGAAGUGGCAGUGUUUUGCUGUUGAAAAUGUGACCAUGUUCUUAGAACAAAAGAUGAGCUAAUAGCUAAUAUUAAUAGGGUAGUAAAGAGCAUCGUUGCUCAUUUUCUUUCUGGUAAAGGGGAGUUUCAAACUGGCCCAACCGUCACAGCAGUCCUUCUGAGAAUUCACAAAUGGGCCUGACAGACAUUUUGUGAAGUUGUCAUAUUUCUAGCAUUUCAAAGGUUGCAACCAUUCAAAGUUACAACAGCAGUGAGAAAAGUAAAUUAUGACCAAUCUUCACCCUCACAAACAUCACACAUCCCCAUGGUCAUAUGGGCAAAAUGAGCUUGAAAACUGGGAUAUGUUUACGAUGGUUGUAGCAUCCCAGGGUCAUGUCUAUGGAGAUUCUCAGUAUUCAAGGUCAUGGUUGUCCCAAAGGUGCUUUUUCAAGAGGCAACUACGGUAAACUUUCUGUGGUUUUCUUUGAAGAUGUUUUGCUUCUCAUCCAAGAAGCUUCUUCUUCAAAGAAACACCAGAAAGUCCAGUUGCCUCUUAAAAAGGGACCUUUGGGAGCCCAGAGUCAUAUGAUUGCCAUUUGUAACCUUCCUAGCCAGGUUCCGACAAACAAAGUCAAUGAGAGAAGUUGGAUUCUCUUAAAAACUGUGUGGUUCAUUCAGCUGCAAUGAUUUACUUAACAAUCAGGGCAACAAAGCUCAUAAAAUCAGGCAUGAUUCACUUAGCAACAGAAAUUCUGGUCCCAAUUGAGAUUAUAAAUUAAGGACGACCCUGUACCCUUUUCUCUGGAGGAACUGGUGAACAUACAAAGUGAUAACAGUGCAGACUAAGAAAUCUUUUCUUCCGCGGAAGCUGUGCUAUCCUCUUUCGUUUCUGGCUUAAAAUAAGUCUACAGAAAGAUGAUUCUGCUUUGAGAUUCCUUUAGUUGAACCACAGUGUUUCUAGAGGGUAUUAGGCCAGGAAAGGCCAAAUUAAUUUUUCUUUCCCCAAUCUAUUUGGUCUUAAACAUCCAAAUCUUAAUAACAACAAAAAUAUCUUUUGCGCCCUCCUUCUGUAUUUUUUUUUAAUUUCCCAAAUAUAUUAGGAUGCAUACUACAUUAACAUUGAUUCGGUUAGAUUAUUUUCUUAUUGCUAAUGUAUUGCAAAAUCCAGAAAAUCUGUUACUUCAGUUAUGAGGUUAAGUAUGGUGUGUGAAUAUGACAAUCAAGCAAACCUUCCCACAUAAGUAGUUGGUGCCUUUUUAAAAAAAAAAUAGUUCUAAAGUACAGAUACUUGUUCUUGAUGGCAUGAACCUCAUAAAUAGGGUUUGGCCUAUGAAAUGGGGCAUAUAUCAUAUUUGUUUAUACAAUGCACUCAGCGGAGGCUUUUUUUAUUCAUGCCAAAACGAUAACAUUAGUUCAUUGGAACUGAAAGGAACAACAACAAAGAGAUUGUUGAUGAACAGCUGAACUUCCAAGUAUUUGGAAGAAUGCAUGUAACCCAACUGGGGUAAAAAGGGGAGAGAAAUGCAUGUUGCUCAUUUAAAAUCAACCCUUCAGAGUACAUUAUGCAAUUAUCUCAUGUACUAGCCAACAAAAUAGCAAGGAACAUUUUGUGGACAAUCAAAAGCAAAAGGCUGGGAUCUUACAAGUACCGCACCCAUGUUUACGAAGGAUGUAGCAAGGUAAUGGGCUACAAUUUUUUGCUAGGUCUGAGGGAAAGUCUUGGCUUAAAUCCCUUAGUUCUUUAGGAUCAUUGCUGCCUUUUGUUUACAGAGACAGACGUAAUUAACUUUUGCAUUGGAUUUAUGAAUUAAGAUUACACCUGUAGGAGGCUGCUGUUUAGAACAGAAUAUUGGAGAAAUGCAAAAUUUCUUACUUAAAGGAGAGAGUCCAGCAAGACCAAGGUCACAGCACUCAAUAUUCCUUGGAGUUUUUCCAUUCCAGUGGAAAAUCUUUGGCCAGGAUUCUUGCAAUUCCCAGAAACUUCCCUUGCAACAAUCGUAGUAUUGACUUAGUAUUAUUUCCAGGAUUGACGUAAAUUAUCAACAGUGGUAUUCUCUGCUGAGAAUACCCAAAGGGCAGCGCUUGUAAAGCAUUUUCAUCCAAGAUGGAAAAAUUUCCUUCAGUCGUUCUAUGCAAAAAAUACCACAAAUCUCUUCUUUGUCCAUGUGUGUGUCUAUGUGUUGAUUUUAUUUUUACUGCUCCAUAAUCCUUAAUUAACUCAUUUAAACUGAUGUAUACCAUGCCUGUUUAAAACGAUAGAGAAACUCUUCACUCUGUAUAGAGGGCAGAAGGGUCAGGUUUUCACAGCCCUCCUUGCCAGAAAAGAGAAAACCUACUCCACAAAACCUACCUCCACAGAACCGCAGAGGCUGUGUGGUUUCACAAGCCAGUCAGCCUUAGGCCAACCUUGAAAUUUCCUAAGACUUCUGGAAAGCAAUAGCCAUGAAAAGCCAUAAAAGCACUUAAUCCUCAUUUGAAAAAGGUCAUUUCUCUCAACCACCUUGGUUUUCAUAUGUAUGAUGUUUAAUAGAGCCUUAACUAUUUUAUAUGGCAAUAUUACAACCACAUGAUAUUGGCAAUGCUGAACUUGUUAUAUAUGCUUGCUAGAAUGAAAUAUUAUUAUUGGGGAAAACUCUGUAUAACUACUUCUUUUGUUGGUUUACAUUUUGAGCAAAUGACAUAUCAAAACAGAGCUCUUUGAGAGACAGCUGUGCCAAAGAAAACAUUUAAUACAUUUUUGUUGUGUUUGCAUUUUAUACAAAUGAACUGUUUUUAGCAGAUGUUUCUUGUUUAAUAUAUUAAAAGAACUGCAAUAUCCAA